ACUCUUUGCUAGUGUAGAAAACAUUUUACAUUUAAUAUAUGAAAGUUCAGAUGAUGGAAUUGAGAAUAAAUAUAGUGGAAUUGAAAACAAUAUAGAAGGCGAACUUGGUAUUGAAUAUGAAAAGGAUACUGAAGAUAAACCUGGUACUGAAAGUGAAAAGGAUACUGAAGAUGAACCUGGUAUUGAACUUGAAGAGGACAUUGACAUUGUUAGUGAAUCUGACGAUGCAUCUGAAAAUACUAAUAAUUAUCAACGUAGGCAUCUACCUUUAAUCCGCAUUAAAAUAUACUGUGGAAAAACAUUUGGAGCUUGGGAAGAAUGUCAAGAGGCAUUAGAACAUUAUGCACGUCAAAAUAACUUUGUGAUUAGAAAAAAGCAUAUAGAUAAUAGCCGUAAUCCAUGCCAGCGCACUUGGGAUUGUGAACGAUCUGGUAAAUAUGUCUCACGUAAAACUGCUCCACCUGAAAAGCAAAGAAAUAAGGGUUCAAAAAGGAUUGGUUGUCCUUUUUUGGUGAAUGCAUGCAAGAGUAAGGGCCCUAAUAAUGAAACUAUAAUUAAGUUGACAUCGAUGAAUCUUGAACACAACUAUCUGUUGGUUCCUGAAAAUGCUAGUUUUGCUACUAGCUAUCGAAAACUUACCACAGAAAUGAAGAAACUUAUUGAAAACUAUGUCCUUUGUAACAUUGAUGUUUCAUCUCAGAUUCGGUUACUCUGUGGAUUAUUUCCUGAAGCCACAAUUGUGGAUUAUGAUGUGAAAAACUACAUGUAUAAGUUUCGUCGUACUCAUGAUAUACAGGAGUGUGAUACUGCAAAGCUUUUUCAGCAUUUUGAAAAAGAGCGUACCAAGAACCCUGAUUGGUAUGUUCAAUCGUUAAUUGAUCCAGAAUUAAACAGAUUACAAGGUGUAUUCUAUAUGACUCCUGAACAAUGCAAACUUUGGCGCCGUUAUGCAGACAUUAUUUUAAACGAUAAUACAGUAGCAACCAACAUUUAUAAACUCCCAUUAUGCAUUUUUGCUGUUAUUGAUAAUAAUUUCAAAUCACAAAUUGUUGCACAGACAAUAUUGCCUGAUGAAACAAGAGUUCAGCCUGGCGCUUUUAUGAUUGAUGCAGAUCCAGGGCUUGAAAGUGUUGUUCCUGAAAUAUACCCUGAUACUUACUUACUUCAUUGUAUCUGGCACAUUGGACAUAACAUUGAGAAGCAGCUUGUAAAGCUACUUGGUGAUCAUUAUACAGACUUUAUUAAAGCAUUUUAUCAAUCAACUGAAUAUCUACUUAGACAGCUUGAUCCACAUAAAACAACCUGGGCAAAAGCAUUUACAGAAGAACAAUUUGCUAGUCGGUUUGCGGCUUGGCAUGAAAAAACAUCAUUAUAUAUGAUACCAAGUGUCACUGGACGACUUUUUCCUGAUAUAUAUAAUAUUCUGCAUAACAAAAAGAUUAAUUUUGAGGAUCCAUAUAAUUUAACAUUGGAGGUUGUUGAUAAUGGGCCAAUUGAAUUUGAGUAUGACUUUCGUCAGAUACGUUUUAAUGAACUUCUUGAGAGAAUCGAUCAUUCCUUAGUUGCUGAGGUUUGGGAAGUUCGAUUAAUAGAGCAUAAAUCGAAUGUUGGACAAAAUUUUGAAAAAGCUUAUUUUCAUAUUUCUCUCAUUCCAAGACGUUGGUACAAAGAUGAAUUUAUGGAUGCAGUGGUUGUUGAUGAGCCAUUUCUUAGAAGAAAGUCAUUAGAAAAGAACACUGCAGCAAAAGCAAUUGGCCGUAAACAAUUGAUUAAAGGAACAUUGCUUGGGCUUGCUUGUAAAUGCGUAGAAGAACUAGACAACAACCAAAUUGUAGAAAGCGAUCAAGGUACAGAGAGUAAUCAGGAUACAGAAAGUGAUCAAGAUACAGAGAAUGAUCAACAUAUAGAGAAUAAUCAAGAUAUAGAGAAUGAUCAAGAUAUUGAAACUAUAUAA